AUGGCGAGCAGCUCUUCUACUAGCUAUGAUAGUGUAAAACAAGAGAUUUACCAACUAUACGCAUCAUCUCUGAUACCUUCAAUUGAUGCUGGUCUUACAUUAACAGAAUUUUGUCGUGAAUAUGAACGUCGCUACAAUCAUGGACCAAUACCCUAUCACGAUUUAGGCUAUGAAACGUUGUCACGAUUCUUAGGAUCAAUGAAAGAUAUAAUACUUAUGAAUUAUAAAGAGUGGCCUACACGUUGUUAUUUAAAUGAGAAUGGUGAUGUUAAUCAAAGAACGGAGAAAAUACGAGUUCGUACUGGCACUGAAACUUAUGACGAAGUCAAAAACAAUAUUUAUUCAAUAUUGACCUCCUCGAUAUCAAUCAAAUAUGGACUUUCAUUCACAGAAUUAUGUCAACAAUAUUCAUCAGAAAAUGAUGGCCGACAAUUGCCUUUCGCACAAUUAGGUUAUGCAACUUUGACAGACUUACUAAAAACUAUGUGGGAUGUUGUGAGAAUUGAAAACCGACGAUGCUAUUUGAGUGUUGAAAAAACGAUGAAAGUUCAGCACAAGAAAAAGAAAUAA